AGCACUCAGGAAAUCCCCUUCCUACUUCCGCAGUGGGAAAUGACGUUAGCUGGCUGCAGCAUCAGAGCUUCCUUUGCUGAUGUGCGCAAAGUGCUAGAGCCUACAUGAUGCUCUCUACCCCUGCUGCUGGACUUCUUUUAAUAUUAGCUUGGAUAUAUCCAAGUUGCGCACUCUACUUCCACAUAGGAGAGACAGAGAAAAAAUGCUUCAUUGAGGAAAUUCCAGACGAGACCAUGGUUAUUGGAAAGUACAGGACUCAGCUAUGGGACAAACAGACCAGUUCCUUCCUCCCAGCCACCCCCGGCCUUGGGAUGCAUGUUGAGAUCAAGGAUCCAGAUACAAAGAUUAUCCUCUCUCGUCAAUAUGGGUCAGACGGACGGUUCACUUUCACCUCCCACACUCCUGGAGAACAUCAGAUCUGUCUGCACUCCAACUCCACCAAGAUGGCUCUUUUUGCAGGUGGAAAACUGAGAGUGCAUUUGGAUAUUCAAGUUGGAGAACACACCAACAACUACCCUGAAAUAGCAGCUAAGGACAAACUCACUGAGCUGCAGCUGCGAGUCCGACAGCUUCUGGACCAAGUUGAACAGAUCCAGAAGGAGCAAAACUACCAGAGGUAUCGUGAGGAGCGUUUUCGCAUGACGAGCGAAAGCACCAACCAGCGUGUACUCUGGUGGUCCAUAGCUCAAACACUCAUCCUCAUCCUCACUGGGAUUUGGCAGAUGAAGCACCUCAAAAGCUUCUUUGAGGCCAAGAAACUGGUGUAAUGUCUGUCUGAGCAACGGCAGCAUCAGGAGACGACCUAAACACAAGUAGACAGUCUUGACGGACCGGAACAGGGAGAAGCCCACCCACAGACCCACAGAAACAUCCAGGAGGAGACAUGUGGUCUUAAUAUCAGCGAUAAAUGGUACAAGCAGAUUCACAGAGGCAGUUAUCAAUCCUGGGCAAUGAGUUUUUUCUUGUAAAUGUUUUAUGCUAUUGUUAUUUUUCUGUUAGCAACAACGCUAUAGCUCACCGUUCCAAUUGCCUUUCUAGCUGUGUUUAUUAUGCUUUCUUGACAACACUGGACAUGCCAUUUUUCUACCUACCUGUGCAAGAAGAAGCAUAGACAACAUUACUGAGCAGAAGUUGUUUUCUAUGGUCCUACAGCAGUGAAUGACUGCAGCAGUAGAUGCGUAAUGAGACGGUCAAAGCUGUUACAAGUCAUAACCAAGCAAUUUAUCAACACCUGAUUUGAUAUAGGCCAUUUUGUUACAGUGUUAGGGGUGCACGUAGUUUUAUUUCCAGGUUUUGUAACUUCUGAACAUAAGCAUUCAGCUGUGUUCACCAAGUGGUCACACUUAUGCAAAUAUUAUACAGGCCUUGAUUCCCACAUUUUAUAACACUUUAUUUGAACCCCUGUAUUAAGCAUUUAUAAGCAGUAAUAAAUGGGUUAUAACAGCCUGUAAUAUAGUUGUAAGUAUCAUGGAGGACAAGUGUUUAUAACUGUUCACAAAUACAUCACUAGUCUCCCAUGAAUUAUUUGUAACUGGUGAAUAAACAGUUAAUUACUCUUUAAUAACACAAGUGUAACACAGCUCUGAUCAUACACGAUAACACACACCAACAAAUCCUUGGUGUGUUGUACAAUUUAUUAGCUGUUUAUGCAUGCGUAGAAAUCAUUCACAGGUGAGCUUAAAACCGUUUAUAAAUGACUCGUUGAGCUUGAGGGUUCACUCUUGACACCUGACAUAGUUUGACAAAAAAAA